AUGGAAGAAUGAUUACAUGAUCAGUUCGGGGGCGUUUUUCUGGAAGAGAGUUACUGCUCUCCAAUCAUUUACUCUCAUUAAAAUCUAAAUUUGCCGUAGCGAUGAAACCGGUGAUUGUGGUUCACGGAGGUGCUGGAGAAAUAUCUGACUCGAGGGUUCAACCCAAGCUGGAUGGGAUGCGAAAAGCCGUUCGAGAAGGUUACCGUAUUCUCCAACAAAACCAAAUCCUAGAUGCCGAUUUCCCCAGUGUGGCCGCAGAAGCUGUUACAGCCGCCGUUCGAGUCCUAGAAGAUUUGGAAGCCUUCAAUGCUGGCUAUGGAUCUGUCCUUACGGAAGACGGCGAGGUUGAAAUGGACGCUGGGAUCAUGGAGGGCAAAAAUCUGGCUUACGGAGCAGUGGGUGGCAUAGUAAAGGUGAAAAACGCCAUCGAUGUGGCGGCCAAGGUCAUGAACAAAAGUGAGCAUUGUUUCUUUGCGGGGGCAGGAGCCAAUCGGUUUGCCGAGUCUCAACAUGUACCGGAAGUCAGUGGCGAAUCGCUGAAAUCUCCCUUUGCUAUCCGCGCUCUAGAGCGUUUCCGAAACAGCGAGAACAUUACCAACGAGAUCGAUGACGCUGACGAGGCGCCAAUCGUAGGGAAGAAGGAAGGCAGUCGAGGCACUGUAGGGGCUGUAGCCCUGGAUGCUCAUGGCCAUUUAGCAGCUGCCACCAGUACUGGGGGUUUAACCGGUAAACUGGUGGGACGCAUAGGUGACACUCCCGUCAUUGGGGCUGGAGUCUACGCUGACAACGAUUCAGCUGCCAUUUCAACCACGGGAUUGGGCGAAUCUUUCCUUCGGGCUUUGGUAGCUCGGAGAAUUUCCGAACACGUGGAAAAGGGCGAAAAGAGCAACGUGGCUAUCAAAAGGGCUCUGGACUUCAUGGAACAACGUGUGGGCGGAGAUGGUGGGGCCGUGCUUGUCACUCAAUCGGGCGAUAUUGGCAUUGAGUGGAACUCUACACGAAUGGGCUGGGCUUAUGCAUGCAAUGGGCGUUUACAUAGCGGUUGCAAUAGGCACGAGGACUUUGAUGAAUCCAUUUAAAUCGCCAAGAAGUGAGAUGAAAAUGAACCAAUUGGAAGCAGUGGAAUGAACUUUAACAGCAGAGAAUUUUUUGAUUGUUGUUGUUGUUAUU